AAAUUUUCAAUUUUUCGUUCUCUUAAACCGGUUUAAACCUGAUCUCUCUCUCUCCGGAACAGUCCCCCUCGUCGUCUCCAUCUCUCCUGAAACAUCAUGAACCCUUACUGAUGGCGUCUCUCCUCCGCAUCCUAACAUCCGAACCUCUCGCUCACAACGUGAACCAACUCCGAUUCAUCUCAACCGCUUCAUCCCUCCUCACCUCACUCACCACCAAUCAUAAGAAGAGCCGGCACGUUCUCUCCCUCCUCAGAACCGAGAACAACCCAGAUCGAAUCCUCGAAAUCUGCAGAUCCGCUUCCCUCUCCCCUCACCACAACCACCACCUCCACCGCGUCGCCUUCUCCCUCGCGGUCGCCACACUAUCCAGCCAGAAACACCUCUCCGCCGUGUCCCACCUCCUCGACGGGUUCAUCAACAGCCAACCUCAUCCCAGAUCCGAGAGCUCCGCCGUCCGCGCGAUCAUCCUCUACGGCCGAGCGAACAUGCUCGAUCGGUCUCUACAGACAUUCCACAACCUCGAGAGGUACGAGAUCCAGAGAACGGUGAAGUCGUUGAACGCUCUGUUACUCGCUUGCUUGACGGCGAGAGAUUACGAGGAAGCGAAACGAGUCUACUCCGAAACGCCGAGGAAGUACGGCAUCGAGCCUGAUCUCGAGACUUACAACCGAAUCGUCAAAGCGUUAUGCGAAUCGAACUCGACGAGCUCGAGUUACUCAAUCGUCGCGGAGAUGGAGAGGAGGCGAGUGAAGCCGAGAGCUUCCACCUUCGGGUUGAUGAUCGCUGGGUUUUAUAAGGAAGGGAAGUACGACGAGGUGAGGAGAGUGUUGAGGUUGAUGAGAGAGUUUGGAGUUCACGUGGGUAUCGCGACGUACAAUAUUAUGGUUCGGUGUUUGUGCGAGGGGAAGAGAAGUAGAGAAGCUAAAGCGUUGCUCUGUGGAGUUGUGUCGAGUAGGAUGAGACCGAACUCGGAGACGUAUUCGAUUUUGAUUCGUGGGUUUUGCGGUGAGGGGGAUUUGGAUGAGGCGAUGGGUGUGUUUGAGGUUAUGGUGAAGAGCGGGUGCAAGCCGGGUAGUGAGUGUUACUUUGGUUUGAUACGUUGUUUGUGUGAAAGAGGAGAGUUUGAGACGGCUUUGGUGCUUUGUAAGGAGAGUAUGGAGAAGAAUUGGGUUCCGAGUUUCAGUGUCAUGAGGUGGCUUGUUCAUGGACUGGUUGGUUGUGACAAGGUUGAUGAAGCUAGAGAGGUGAUUGCGCUUGUGAAAGAGAAGUUUUCUAGAAAUGUUGACUUGUGGAACGAAGUUGAAGCCGAGUUGCCUUAGUGAACAUGUAACAAUUUUUGUGUGUUGUAUCUAAUUGUCAUGUUACAUGUUUCGAUACCCCCUGAACAAUGGAGUUACACUUGAACCAAAUGUAUAUAACUUUAAGGAGAAAAAAUAACAUAAUUUCAAGUUGAAUCA